GUUCUUUUUUUUCAGUGAGAGCAGAGUCCGCCUUCCGGUGGUUUCGGCAGCUCGCCUCCGCCAUCUCCGCCGCCGUCGCCGUCGCCGUCGUCCCGUGCGUCGCCGCCAUCCACAUCGCGCUUUGAGGUGUGAGCACCCCCUUGGGAUGGAGAAGAGGAAGAAGGAGGAGGAGGAGGAGAAUCCGCCGGCAGCGGGGAGCCUCUGGGACGACCUCCUGCCUGAGAUCCACCGGGAGAUCCUGUCGCGGGUGCCGUACCGGUCGCUCUGCCGCUUCAAAUGCGUGUCCACGGCGUGGCUGGCGCUCUGCGCCGACCCGGCCGUCCGCAGGAGGUCGCCGCAGACGCUCACCGGCUUCUUCUGCUACUCCCAAGUGGACGUCGGCGGCGGCCGGCGCCAUUACGGCGUCAGCUUCCUCAACCUGUCCGGGUGGGGCCGGCCGAUGGUCGACGACCCCUCCCUCAGCUUCGUGCGGGGCUACCGCCACGUCACGCCCAUUCACUGCUGCAGCGGCAUUCUCAUCUGCUACUGCUGGAAGUUUGACAUGAGCGACGAGGCGGAUUUUGUCGUGUGCAACCCUGCCACCAAGGAGAUCUGGGCCGCGCUGCCGGUGCCCCAGAAUGAGAUGAUGACGCGCCUCAACACCGCCCGCCUGUGCUUUGACCCGGCUAUUCCCCGCCGCUUCAAGGUGUUUGUGUUCGUGCAAAGUUUCGCUGGGGUUCAGAGGGUGGAGGUCUACUCUUCAGACACCGGGCAGUGGACCUCCGUUGGGAGCGCGUGGAGCUCCGAGAACCUCAUGAUUGCCGAGGAAUCGGGAUGCGUCUACUUCAAUGGAUCUCUGCAUCUGGCUGUUUGCCAUCCUGUGGUCAAGGUGGUGGACUGGGAGGUAGUGAUACGCUCCAUGGUCACUUUUGACACAGAGGGGGAAACCUGGAGGAGGAUCCGUAUGCCGGACACCAGCAAUAACGGUUUCUUUGGGCUGUCGCAGGGACGCCUAUACACCGGGCAUGUAGAAAAUGAAGGUAGAUGCCGGCUCUUGGUGUGGGUUCUCGAGGAUCAUGCUAGCGGACUGUGGACCCUGAAGUGUACUGCCAGCAUUCUUGAACUGCUAGGAAGCCCUUGCCGUGCACCCAACGAAUUCUACCAGGCGGUUGCGAUCCAUCCAGACUGCAAUCUGAUAUUCCUUGAAGAUGCGGGGCAGGAAGCAUUGCUUAUGUCCUACAAUAUGGAUACCGGUAAACUGGAUAUUGUCUGCUCUCUUGGAGACCGCUGGGCGCAAAGAUUUCACCCCUACAUUCCCUGUUUUGUGGAGAAGCCGCCCGUUCCUCAGUGAAUUUUGGAGCAGCUUCACAUUUGCCAAGUUGGCGUGGCUCCGGUGACUUCAUGAGAAUCAGAUGUCGGGUAUGGUCCAAAUAUCGAUGGUUUUGGGUGUUGAUUGGAUAGGUGCUCUUUCCAUCCAGUUAUUUACUGCUAGUACCUUCACUCUGCUGCAACUUGUUAUGGAUCACAGUUGAAUUAUUGAUAUCGUCCUGUUCUGAUGCAUUUGAAAGUAGUACUCUGUCAUAUGUUAUUUGAAAUGGAUGUCUCCUUUGUAGUAAUUUAAUACAGUACCAUCGAAUCUUGGAUCAACUUCUCUGAAUUUUUGUACAUUCUGGGAGAUUC